AUGGUCUUAAAGAUGUUCAUACGGUUACAACUUUCAGCACAUUAAAAGCCGCAUUUACAAAUAAUCUAGGUUCUGCUAAGUUGUAUUUAAUGAAUCAGAAUUAUCUUGAUAACGAUGACGUUUUUCCAAAACUUCCGUUUGAGGAAUUUUUACCAAAUUCUGCACUUUCACGUUAUUACGGUGUUAAUGUUGUUCAUUCAAAUGGUGAUGCUUUGCCUAUACAUUUAUUCGUUGAAACAGGAUUAAAAUUGAUGAAUAACUUAGAACAAAUUGAUAAUAAACCUAUUGAAGUUAAUCUUGGAGAUCCAACCAAUGACUAUGUAACAGCAUAUGAUGAUGUCCAGGAAGAACUUAAAAAUGUUAUAUUUACACUUCUUCCAUUAGAUCGCAUUCCGUAUUUUAGGAAUAAACGUCUUAGAAAGAUUGAGAGAUUGGAAUAUUUGUUUGAUGAAAUGAUUGAAAAGAAACAUAAAUCUAUAGCUGCUGGAAGAUCUAAUGGCGACCUUUUAGAACUUAUGAUAAAUGCUUGCAAUGAUCAAGAUAAUCCAAGUUUAACUGAUAUUGAAUUAAGAAAUGUUCAACAAAAAGCUCGAGAGGAAAUUUUGAGAAUACUUGGCGAUGAUUUAACUCCAUCAGCAGAACAACAUAAAUCAUUGAAGUACUUGAACAUGAUCAUUCAUGAAAAUCUUAGAUUACACCCUCCAGCCCCAAUGUUACCAUUUCGCAAAGUUACAGAAGAUUUAAAAUAUAAAAAUUACGUGAUCCCGGCAGACACAGGUAUUGCAGUCUUUGUAUAUGGAAUACACCAUUCACCAAAGUUGUGGGAAAAUCCUGAAGAAUUUAUACCCGAGAGAUUUGAAAAUGAACAUCACACAA